AUGGACAACAAAACGGACUCGCCUUCCGAUCCCGCCGCGGAAAUGCUCGACAAUUUCGACGAAGACGACGCCGGCGGCGGCAUUGACAGCGCCAAUCGAAGCGCUGACGUCGCGACGGGCACAGGCGCGCCAACCGCCGACAACGACGCCGCCGGCGAAACCCCGACCGACGCCGACGCCAGCGCGCUCAUCUCCGAGCUGAACGAGGCCCUGAACGCCCCGCCGGCCGCCGACGCCGCCGACACGUUCCUCGACGCCCUGGCGUCGGGGGCGCCCGAGGGGGCCGCCGCCGAAGCGCCCCGCGCCGACGACAUGGCCGCCCUGGCGCUCUCCAUGGACGACAACCUCGACGGCAAGGCGAAGCCCGACGAGGACGCCGUGUACUCGCUCGAAGAGGAGCUGAAGAGGAUGCACGAAGGCGGCGAAAUGGUGGCCGGCAAACCGGACGAGGCCAAGCCGGUCAAAAACGAAGUGAAACAAGAGUGUAGUACCGAAGAGGGCAAAAGUGCCGGCGUUAUGAAAGACUCCGAUUUGGAGGAAAUGUUGUCUGCGGACGAGGUUCUACAAGACCCCGGCUCCAUUAAAGCUUCGCAGAACGAGAUAAAGAACCUGGACGUGCUGGUGUGCGGCAAAUGCCACGAAGUGUUCGCUUUCGUCGAAGAAUUCCAGAAGCACAAGUCGCAGGAGGCGUGCGACAAGUCGCAGGUGAUCGGUUCGUGCGAGUUCGAAAGCAAACCGCAGAUUUGGGGAUUCGUGUUGUGGAAGAACAAGCAGAAGAAGGCGAUGAAAGGGAAGGCCGAAGAGGCGACGGGCGAUUGGGACAUGUACAAAAGGUGGUGCCUGCUGGGGAAGGUCGAUAGAGACGCUUGGGUAUCGGCGGGACAGGCCCUACAAUAUUACAAUAAGAUUGGUAGUGCUAAAUUGACUGAAAUCAAGGUACACAAGGUGAUCAAAGACGAUGAUAAGGAUUCGGAGAAUAUAGCAGACAGUAAUAAGGAAAAUUCGACAUUCGAUACAUCAAAAUCUCCGUUGAUUGAGGUAAAAAGAACAGUUAUUAAUAAACCUAAAGCUGUCACUACAAUUCAAAAGCUGAACGAUCCCAAUUCCAACAGAGCCAUGAGGACCAUGCAGACCACGAAGAGCGAAUUCGCAGUGGAAAGAAUCGUCGCGAAACGUUUCAAUCCCAAGAAGAGAACUUGGGAGUAUCAAAUAAAAUGGGAACAUUUCACAAGCGAAGAGAACACUUGGGAGCCAGUCGCUAAUUUAAGCCAUUGCAAACAAAUGGUCGACGACUUUGAGGAGCAAUUGAAGAAAUUGAAAGCGGAAAAAAACAAACAGGCCGCCAACAUGGCGAAAAAUUCGCCGAAAAUACGGACCGUUUUAACGUCCCCCGGUUCCUCUUCCAAUUUGGAAUCGAAGGGUCUAACAGCAAAUCGUCCUCAACGCACCAGUAAGCAGAAAGCUCUGGAUCAAGUGAAGGCCUGGUGCGGCAACAUAUCCGACGAAGACGGCGUCCAGGGCUUGAAGCGGUCCAGAUCGCCGGACAGCGACGAUUCGUUCGAGAAACGCUUGAAGUUCGAAGAGAACUCCGACGAUUCGGAGAACGAAGGCAAGGCUCGAGUGCAUUACAGGAAGAUCGCGCCCAAACCGACGGCGCAGAGCCCUUCGAUUCAAGUGCUCAAAAACGGCCUCGGCAAGAACUCGCCGCUGCCGCAGAACAUUCUGAUACCGGACGCCAACGGUGUGGUGCGAAUCAAUCAAAAGCAAUUGCCGUCGUUGAGCACCGGUGUCUACAUCAUGUCGAAAACCGCUGGUAUCAUCAAAUUGGAUUCGAACACUUCGAAAGUGGCCACCAGCGGCGGACAGACGAUCGUCAAAGUGGCGCCGAAAAUCGGCCAAACUCACAUCAAGAUCAUGAAGAAGGACGGCACGUCGACGCAGCAAAUCGUCCAGAUGAGCCCCAAGGGCGCCGCCGGCACGCCCAAGAUCGUCCAAAAACAAUUCGCCAAGGCCAAGAAGAUCGUGACCGAUCUCAAACCGUCGCCGAUCGUCAAAAAAUCGACGGACAUCGUGAAAAAGCAACCGGUCAUCUUGAACAAGGAGAUCGAGCGCAAGGUGGGCCUGAAAAGGCUGCCGGACUUCGCCAAGAAGACCGCUUCGAAAUCGUCGGGCGAGACGUCGAAGGAGGACGAAUCCGACGACGGUUUGGAGGAGUUGCCGUUCCCCGAGGAAAUCAAAGUGCCGGAGACCGAAGAGGGCGAGGAGCCGUCCGAGUUCAUUUUAGACCCGACCACCGGCAAGAUUGCCGGCGUGGAGUAUCCCGAUAUACCCGCUCCGGAUCCGGUCGACGAGAACAAAUCGGACAUGACUUUGGAUAAUAUCGUUAAAUUGGCCGCGGCCGAUAUCACCGAGGAGGAUUUGAAAAACGAUACUAUGGACGUCGAGCCGCAGGCUAUGGAACAAGAAUUUGAACAGAAGAUGAAGGCUAUACAAAAGACUGAACAAUCGCAGGAGGCACACAAGAGAUUCGUGACCGCUUCGCCAUCGAAGCAAGUAGUAAAAUUGACUGUUACCCCGAGAAAAGUCGCCGCCAAUCCGACAUCUAUCCUCAACAAGGCCCUGACCGGUCCGCAAGUUAUCAGGAGAGCGGUCGGUGCGGGAACGCCUAGAGUUCAACAAAGAAUCCUGAAUCAAUCUGUCGCGAGGAAUCCACAGAGCGUCAAUUCGGUCACGAGGCAGGUGAAUACUUACGUAAGAACGAAACCGGUGGCGCCGAAGCCGAGAUUCAACAUCUCGAGCGAAUCGAAAUUCGUGAGGACCGUGCACGAGGUGUCGCCGAAGAACGUUUACACUUAUUCCAGACCGAUCGUUCAGAAUUCGCCUACGACGAAGAAAAUCGGAAGUACCACAAUUAGAAGCUCGAGUAUGCCGGUGGUGAACAGCCCGCAACAACAACAGAAAACGACGACUAAAUUGGUGAGAACCAGUACAGGAUUAGUGCAAAGGAUAGUGUCGUCUCCUAUGAGAAAGGAGCAACCGUUGAUUGUACGAGGACAACCGGAAAAGGUGGAAAGAAAAAUCGUUCAGGCGAAACCAAAGACGGUCAUCAGCAUGCCUUCGUUAAUGAGCGACGACGAGCUUCUGUUGACGGCUAAAGCGACGCCUCAGCCGAAAAUGAAGUCCGUUCCGAUGGUGGAGGAGCCGCAAAUGUACCACGUGGAUGAAUCGGCGAAUUUGGCGCACGAGGAGCCCAUGACGUCGGUGGCGUCGAACGCGCAAGAAACGCAAGUAUUGGCCGCUAACGUGAAUCCCGAUCAGACGGUGGCCGCCGCCUUGGCGCCCGAUAUGUCCUCGUUUACAUUGACCGACAACGACAAUCCCAUAUUUAUAACGGGAGACGACGGCACCGUGUACCAAGUGGCCGGACAAAACGAACAGGGUCAGACGAUUUUGUUGACGCAAGGCAGCGACGGGCAACAGCAAUGCCUUUUGGUGACUAACGAAGUUGCAGAGGCGAUGGAAACGCCGGUUGCGGAUGAAACGCAACAACAGCAACAACAGCCGCAGGAGAUUUCCAUGCCGGAGAUUAGCGCUGACGUGAACGAGCCGCUUUCGGUGAAAACCGAUUCGAUGGAGAGUGCCGAUCAGGUCGUAGCGCAAGUUGUAAGAGCAGAACCACCGAGUCCCGGUGGCACACAUAAAGUCGUCGUGAUGCUUCCCGAUGGCAACCUAAUGGUAACUCAGGUGUCGCCUGAGGAGUACGCGAGUUUGGAACUAGAGUAG